GGCAUCAAUUAUUAGCAAUGUGCUACACAUUCAAACGCACUGCUCUGGUCGUUUUUCAGCUGUCUUUCGCCUGUUUUGGAAUUAAAAGAACCGCAGUGACAGUGAGCGUUUAGUGGAACGCCGCAUCGCGUUGCAACUUGCUGGUGGAACGGGGAACAUUUUGAAAAAGUAACCGGCGCUGUCCGUGUUCAGAAAACCUAUUCAUGUAACGUUAAUCUUUCAUUCACGUAAUCUUUCCUGACCUGAUACACUGUUACCAGGACAGUAAGCGAAAGGGGAAAAGCUUUACAGUAGGUUUAAGGCUAUGGGAGUGACACUGCACUCACCCAAUUCUACAAACAUCCACAGUCUUGAUUAAAACGAAAUACAAUGGGGACGUCUGGACCUGAUGCAGUCGCAUUCUCAGGGGAGGAGGAAGAAGAGGAGGAAUACUAUGAAGUUGAGCAUCUGCCUCCACUCCUUGAAGAUGAGGAGAACGUGUCCCUGGCAGAUAUCCUGUCGUUGCGGGACAUCUGUCUGACGGAGCAAGAGGUGUGGGCGGUGUGUGUGGAGUGUGUCCUGGCCUUGCAGAGUAUCGCCUCAUCACCCCUGUUCCACACCCUGUGCAUCACGCCCGACACCCUGGCCUUUAACGCCCAUGGCAACGUGUGCUUCAUGGAGCAGCUCAGUGAUGACCCCGAGGGCUCGUUUAUACCUCCAGAGUUUGACAAGACUGGCAGUACCUUUGAGGGACAUGUGUACUCUCUGGGCUCCACCCUCUCUGCCGCGUUGGACUUUGUCAUUGAGCCAGAGCUGGAGGCAGAGCUGGGGGAGGAGAUUCAGAGACUGCUGGAGCAGAUGCAGGAGGAGGGGCCAGAGGACAGGCCACUCCCCCAGGACCUCCUCUCCCUUGCAGAGGAAAAGCUAGUAGAUACCUCUUCCACAGCCCUGUGCCGGAAACUCUCUUCUAUAGGACGAAGAGUUCUGUCAAUCGAAUCCGUCGCAACAUUUCAAGAUGGGUGGCGUGGCUCUUGGGAGGCUCGAUGGCAGCAGCCCAAACCCAACUGGCAGCUCCACAAGAGCAUCGAAUCUGAGGACAGUAGCUCCAAAAACCAGGGCGUUGUCUCACAUACCACGGCAGAGAACCCGGACUUAAACGACUCCAACGGCCUGCAUCGGCAUCACGUAUGUGGAGCCUGGGACUCCACCCUUUGGGCUGACGGUAUGGGGGAUGUGGAAGAGAAUGGAUGUGUCAGAGAGGAGGACAUGUUUGGUUCUCAGUUGGAUAGCAGAUCUCAGAAUAGUUCUCCUGUACACAGGAGGGCUCAGGAGAGGGCUGGGAGGGUGAGGGGGGUUCUGAAUCGUUCCUGCUCCGUUCCAGACUCCAAUAAUCCCCCCGCAUUCCCGCCCGCGCCCCAUGGGGAUAUCAGUGUCAAUGUAUCGGACCUCACGGAGAUAGGAGCUGAGGAAUGCAUGGGGCACGGGUCUGUUUGGAGCAAGAGAGGGGACCGAGAGAAGGCCCCUUAUGAGUGCAAUGACUCUGAGCAAUGGGACUCAGCGAGAGACAGUGAGACAUUAGAAGGGGAAAGAGAUUCUACCCUGCCCAUAUGUGGUGCUGAAACAGAUUCAGACAGUCAAAGUGGAACACGAGAUGAAACCUCUUCGUCCCGCCCAGCUCAAGACCCGGACAUGUUGGUCGACUCUGCUUGCAACAUGACUUCAACCUCAAACCUUUACACUCCCAAUAAUCACAUGACUAAAAGCAUGCUGUGCCUCAAUGAACAAUCUCAAGAUGAGUGGAUCUCUCUGAGGGAUCUACUCACACGGAGUGGGCAGAGACUGUCUGUGAAUGAGCUAUGGGCCCUGUGUCAUACCUGCCUCUCCACACUGCAGACCUACUUAGACUACCCAGCAUACCUGUGCCUGGAUACAAUGUACGUGGGUUGUGAGGGAGAAGUUCUCUUCCUGAAACCUAAAAACACAGGAUCCUGCGACGCGUUUUAUCUGGCCCCUGAAUUCCAGGAGCAUGGAAUCGUAACUGAAAAGGCCUGUGUUUAUGGGGUGGCUGCCAUCCUAUGGGCCACGGCCAAGUUCAACCUGUCAGCCAAUCAGAAGCUGGCUAUGCCCAGGAAGUUGAAGAUGCUGCUGCUGGAGAUGGCCAAGAGGACGCCCAUCGAAAGACCUUCCAUUGUCGUAGCUAAAAAGAGCUGUCGGGAUUAUCUAUCACGCCUAGGAACGAACGCUGAGACAGUGUGGACGAAUCUGAUCAACAGAGUCCACCCGCCACUCACAAAGGACAUUGAUGCAGAGGAUCAGAAUGGAUUGGACAGUAGAGUAAACUCAAGUCAGGAAUCAACACGUAUCAAGAGUGGGUUUGUGCCCAUGGCCACUGAGAGCCGAUUGGCUCCUGUACCUGGCCCUGUUCCCCAUAGCUAUCCAAUUAAUGGAGCCCCCCAGCUUCCAGAGGCCUUCACUUCCCUUGCCACACACUUCAACCCCAUCAUCCUUACCAGGGAGGGGGACACUGAGGAAACUCCCCUUCCUGCUUCAGACAUUGAGGAGGCUAUAAGUGAAGUCGCAAGAGGCAAUGACAUCGAGCCUGUGCAAGAGGCUAAGGACCGAGACACCCCCUCACACCUUGAGGACCUACCCCUACCUCAGUCAGAUAGAGACCUACAGGACAACGGACAGGACAGCCCUGCCAAUCAAAGGAGCGUGGUCACACGCAUCCUUUCCUCCACUGCCUCAAGCGGCAGGACAUUGGUCAACUCUCCACCUCCCACCUCCCCCAAACUCAGCAACCAGAGGACUCCCGUUUCCAACCACCCACUCCCUCCUUCGACCACCCAAUUGUCUUCGUCUUCCUCUUGCCAAUCGUCAUCCUGCUCUCAUCUGACUGGUGGUGGUGUUUUCAACAACUUCCUAUUGCGUCAGGACCCUUUAGCAGGGCACUUAACCCUGGUGCCAGUGCAGAUAACAGUCCCUGAGUCCCUCCAUGGUCUGGAGCUCAAUCUGCCCCUGACCUCAAGCUCCAGCUACCUCCAGGGUCAACCCACACAUCCACGGAGCCCUAGAGACCAUCUGACCCCUGGCCAGGGAGCUGAACCUCUUUUGGAAUGCCUUAAUGGCAGACCCUCGGACCCCAAAGCGUCCAUGCCCCAUCCCCACAAUGGAGAAGGAGGUCCAAGGACAGGAGAAGGUGAGGGUGAACACCUAUCAGAGUCCCAUGGACCCCCUCAGGGAGACACUUCCUCCCCCCUGAUGAACCCUUCCCUACAAGAGGUUAUUGGCCUACUCAGGGCAGACUUUGCCUUUGAUGGCUAUCUGGAGAAUGGUGUAGAGGAUCUAGCAAUGGGGGAGUAUUUCCUGUCUCUGAAGGACCUACAGUACCAGACAUUCUGCAAUGUUGUGAAAGAGAAAUUCUGUGACCUUUACUGGGAUGAGGACUUAUUGGGAGUGCUCCACUGUGUGGUCAACUACAACCAAUUAUCUCUAGGCUCUAAUGAACAGUCUCCAUCAAAGCCAUGGCAAAGGGCAGCCACCUCACUCCUGAGUGCUUCCAGCUGUAUAGCAGAGGAGAGGGAGGCACUGCGGUGUGGUCAUGUCGACCUGAACGGCAACCUGCACCACAGUGGACCUGUAGCUUCAGACGCGUGGGAGAGAUUUGAGAGACACCAGAGGGCCCUGUCUGCACUCAGAGAAACAGAGACUAGACCUGAACAUAAAGAUACUGAAUCAGAGAAGGGUCAACAUCAUGUCUGCCCAGGAUUGAGAGCUGCUGAGUGUUUGGUUAAGGGGGCUAUGGAGAGUGCCGAGCAUCCAGUGGGGGGCGGCGAUGAAAGCCCCCCUGAAGCUGACUCUCUAUGGGGGACGGACGAGCCACUGAGGGUGGGACCCCGAGGCCAGAUGAGCCCUGACUGCUGCGAGGACAUGGAGGACACAGAAUCUCUGGUGUCUCAUUGUCUCCUCUCCCCCAGCUCAGGAGCAGAGGAGUCCAGCCACAGCCACAGCCCAGCCUGGGCCCUGGCCUUCUAUGGAGGGGACUGUUUUAGUCAGGAUGUGGUGGAAUAUGCUAGGAACUUGGGACAGCAUAGUGAGUCCCCGUGCCUGGAGCUGAAAACACAGGUUCUGAGUGUGGAUCAAUGGGGUGUGGAUGUGUCCCUCCUUCCCUCCCUGGCAGCCUCUGAUCCAGGGAGCCCUCUGGAUCUCCAGCCCUCAGAGGAGCCUGCCGUGUUGGGAUUGGUGUCUUUGUCUGGGGCAGGGACAGGGAAGAGCAGCCUGCAGGCCGCCACACCCCUGGAUUUCAUGUCCUUCCUCUAUGCCAGAAAUGCGCCAUUGGAGGGUUACAUCCAACAGUUCCUGUACACUUACCGCUAUUUCUGUACCCCUCAAGAACUCCUUCAGUUCCUGAUGGGCAAAUUCACCAGUGCAGUAGCAGGAGUUGAUGUGUCAGGGGACAGUGCUAAGGUGUACCACCGGAGUCUGGAUGUGCUGCAAACCUGGCUGACUGACUACAUAAUGGUGGAAGUCAGCCCCAAGUCCAGCCUGCUGAUGACCCUGGAAAACUUCCUCACCACUGAAGUGUCUCCGUUAGACAGUAGAGGAGAGAGACUUUUGACCACUCUUCAGAGGUCUCCCAGGAAGAGGUGGAGCCAAGGCUGUGGGAGCCCAAUCAGCAUGCAGGAGGAUGAUGAAGAUGAACUGUCUGUCCAUACCUCAUGCAGAAAAUCAGCUAUUGAGUACUCUGGAAGGAAGAGCUUCCAGUGGAGGAUAUCCAGGGUGGUUGAGCCCCAGUCAACCCAGACUAAAGACAAGGCCUACUCCAUAGCAGCAGCCCUGCCCCGGCCCUACUACACCUCCCUUUUGGAUGACAUCUCCAGUGCCUGCCUCAGAAGCGAGGAGAGACACCCCUUUAGUCAGAGUGAACACAGCGCCCAACACACGGCACAGCAACUCACUCUACUCCAGCAGGAAAUGUUUCAAGGCUGUCACCCAAUUCAUUUCCUCAACUCUAAAUCUCAAGGAGUCAGGGACAAAGCUGUUUGUGUCACCAAACAUGCGUAACACUCUGUUCCUCCAGUAGAGGGCAGCAGUCUAUUUGUUCACAAAGGGACUCCACAGGACAGCCACCUCCAACAGCUACUGAGAUAUGCUGACAGCGUCUCCAAUUGGGUCUCUGCAGAUCUCGUCAUCUGUGAUUCGAUAAAGAUCCAAGCGGCUUUGCUCACCAAGUUUCUCCUAAUUGCCAAACACUGCUCUGAAUCAAGAGACUUUGCCACAGCAAUGCAGGUCCUUGGAGGCCUGGAGAAUGUGAUUGUCAGGCAAUUACCGGCUUGGAAACAUCUGUCUACCAAGGUGUGUGAGGUCCUUGAGGAUCUGCGAGCCGUGCAGGUCUUUCUGAAGAGUGAUAACCUGUGUCUGAUGGGAGGAGAGCAUGUGAGGAGGAGACCCACCCUCCCUGCUGUCCACAUCCUGGCCAUGCACAUCCAGCAGCUGGAGAUAGGAGCCUUCACUCUGACCAGUGGCGCCUACAAGUGGCCAAAACUCAGAACCAUAGCCCAGAUGGUGAGUCAGGUGCAUGCAUUCCAGGAGACGGUGUACUCCUUCACUCCUGACCCGGGGCUGCAGGCCUACAUCAGACGAAGAAUAGCCCACCUCAGUGGCUGUGACAGUCCCCUGCUGGCUGCAGACAACGAGGCCAACUUCCCCCACAACCCCACUGACCGACACACCUGCAGGAUCCAGGACACACUGAAGAGGGUGAAGGCCACCUUCCAGUGACCUGCAUCCUUGCUAAUCUAGGAUCAAUUUGGUCUAUUAAGUCAUAAUGAAUAUGAUUAUAUGGACAGAGAGGACCUAUUCCUAGCCCAGGUCAGACAACUACUCAACAGACUUCGAACCCUCCACACACCACUGGGUUCCUAUAGUAGCAGGGACUGGGUGGGUGUCUGGGAAAAACUGUUCAUUUUUCUCUGUUUAUUGGUAAUAUAUAUUUUUUGUAAGAAUCCAGCUCAACCUCCCACAUUGCACCCCAUAGCCUGACAACCCACAGCACACAUCCAACUCCUUGAUUCUCUCCAAAGCGGACUCCAAUGUCAAGUGAAACUUUGAAUGUUUUUUUAUUUUAUUCUUUAUAUUGGGAUGAGGAGAGUAGAAAACAGUAUGGGACUUUUAAAAAUCCUUCUGGUGGAGGCAUAUCGAUGCUGGCGUUUCUCUUACACGAAUUUUGAUUGCUCGUCUCCGAGACAACAUAAUGAUGAUAAUGUGCAACAAUGUUUCAUGAUGAGUUGACGUAAUGUCUUUAAUUCACUUUAAUUCACUAAGUUUACUAUGCUAAAUGAGAUAUUUUGAUACAACCACAGAUAGCUAAUGCCCAUUUUCAUCCCUCCGGAGCACCAUUUUAAAUACAUUGACAAUGGCUAUUUGACAUGGUAAUUACAGCAUUUCAAGAUACAAGAGAAAUAUCAAAAUCAUGAUUUAUUAUGCUAUUAUGACAAAAUGAUUUCAAAUACCUGAAUAAUUGCUAUAGUUAAUAGUUAACGUUAAUGUUGCAAUGUAACUACGGUGUAUAUAGGCUACAAAUUGUUGCAUAGUCAGACUUGCAAAGGUGAAAUUAGAUAAUUUUCUAAACGUGAUUUGCAAACUAAUUGAAACAACUGCAAUAAAUGUUUUAAUAGAUUGAGUUUGCGACACAUUUUGAGCAUGGUAUGCUACCUUGUCCCUGGUUGAUUAAUGCUAAAACAUCAUGAAAUGUUCUGUCUUUCUUUCAGUCAAAAAAAAUAUAUCAACAUACACAUUGGCAUAAUCAUACUACCAUAUUUAGCACAUUGACAUCUUGUUAAGUUAAUUAUCGUUUUAAACGAUGUAUUAAAUAUGAGAAUUAAGUGCUGUAGUUACAAUAAUUGUAUGUCUCCUAGCACCAUUUCAAGCAUCUAAAAACGCAAAAUAAAUUACCUUGUAAUCUUUCAUGUUUCAGAGUCUGAUGUAAAUGUGCUAAAUAUGUUAGUUUAUGCCAAAUGCCUAUUUUUUGGGUGUUUUCCCACAUAUGUUCAUAUAUUUUCUGACUGAAAGAAAAGUUCAUGAUCUUUAUAUAAUUCAUCAACCAGGGGACGAAAUUGUAGCCCACCAUGCUUAAAAUGAGAAGCAAACUCAAUCUAUGAAAAUAUGUAUUGUAUCUUACUUGUGUUUUUGUAUGGAUUUCUAGCAAACACCGCAAACAAACAACAACGACCUGAUCGCUGAGGAUCGAAGAGCAUGCAUUGUGUGUGGGGAUGUUAUAGUUGUGCGUCCAAUUUGUCUCCGACUAUUAAGGACGUUGUCACAGAGGCGAGAAAAUAUGCUCUGUAUGGAAGCGACUUCCCCCGGCGGAGUCCCGUGAGGACCGGACAGCUUCCAUUGUUAUCUGACGGGAUCAGGGCACCUCUUCAAAGCACUCGAGAUAAAGGGUCGUAAUUGGGAGGCUGAAAAGCAAUAGUCAGAUCAUCGAUAAAGGAGACAUUCAAUAUAUCCUUAUCUGCAUUGUCAUAGCUAAGCGAUAAUUUUAGGGGUAUUGUCCCGUAGCUGCUGGGGGUCUUCCAUCUGAAGAGACUGAAACACGUGAAGGGUUUCGUAUACAGAGAGAAGGGAUACCUGGCGACAUUGGCCUAGUUGGAUCAUUUGGGUUGACCACAUUUAUUCAACUUCCCAUUUCUAGAUGUUUUUGACAUUCUUUCUGGCGAACAUCAGGCUGUAAUGCAAUUUUGGACAGGCCUCUUUGGGGAUAUUUUACGCAUGUGUAAGCUAUGCAAAACCACAUGUACUGUAGCCAUUGUAGGCGUUUUUCAGACUUCUUUAGAGCUUGCUCUCCAUUAUUUACAUUACAAUCAAACCUAAUUGUGUUGCUACUGUAAUACCUUUGAUCUGUAAUGUUUAAACCGACUGCGCCAAAUGCUGUCUGUUGGGCCAGUGGCGCCAGUGCUCACCGGGGUAUCGAAGACGUGUUAAUGCUAAACCAUUAGAGGAGUAUUUUACUUGCCUUUGCUUUACAUUUGAUUUUAGUGUUGUGGAAGGGGCUUAGAAAGGAAUGCUGUAAAUGAUCAGACUGCAAUGUUGUGUAAAAUCAUUUAAAUAAUUAAUAUCAGAGUGGUCAACUAUAAAGGAUUAUGAAAUAUCAUUCCAUUCCCAUAAAAUCAUAGAGGCCACAGUGAUUGCAUGAAAUGUAUGUGUACGAUUCCACGGACCGGCUUUAAACGUUUCAAUCAGGUGGGGUGCAGAACUCCACCACUUUUGGUUUCGUUUAAUAAAAUAUAUUGUUGCAAAAGCGUUAAA